CCCCCACUCGGAGCAUGCGCGGGACGCUUGGCGCCAAUUUCAGACCGCCGCGGCUUGUGCCAGGCUCACUGGUCCCUCCUCGGCUCCGGGAUGAUCGGCCAGAAGACCCUUUACUCCUUCUUCUCCCCGAGCCCCGCUAGGAAACGACGUGCCAGCAGUCCCGAGCCGGCCGACCCAGGGGCCGGCGUGGCAGCCUUGGCUGAGGAGAACGGCGAUGUGGCGGCCAGCCCAGCCAAGAAGGCCCGGGCGGGACAGGACGAGCCUGGCACGCCGCCCUCCUCGCCGCUGAGCCCGGAGCAGCUGGACCGCAUCCAGAAAAACAAGGCCGCAGCGCUGCUCAGACUCGCAGCCCGAAACGUACCGGUGGGCUUUGGGGACAGCUGGAAGAAGCACCUCAGCGGAGAGUUCGGGAAACCGUAUUUUAUAAAGCUAAUGGGAUUUGUUGCGGAAGAAAGAAAACAUUAUACUGUUUAUCCGCCCCCACACCAAGUCUUCACAUGGACCCAAAUGUGUGACAUACGAGAUGUGAAAGUUGUCAUCUUGGGACAGGAUCCUUAUCACGGACCCAAUCAAGCUCACGGGCUCUGCUUCAGCGUGCAAAGACCUGUUCCACCCCCUCCCAGUUUGGAAAACAUCUAUAAAGAGCUGUCAACAGACAUAGAUGGCUUCAUUCAUCCUGGCCAUGGAGAUUUAUCUGGGUGGGCUAAACAAGGUGUCCUCCUGCUCAACGCCGUCCUCACUGUUCGGGCCCAUCAAGCCAAUUCACAUAAGGAGAGAGGCUGGGAGCAGUUCACUGACGCUGUGGUGUCCUGGCUCAACCAUAACUUGAACGGCCUUGUCUUCUUGCUCUGGGGCUCUUAUGCUCAGAAGAAGGGCAGUGCCAUUGACAGGAAGCGGCACCAUGUCCUGCAGACUGCUCAUCCUUCCCCGUUGUCAGUGUAUAGAGGAUUCUUUGGCUGUCAACAUUUUUCUAAAGCCAAUGAGCUGCUGCAGAAGUCUGGCAAGAAGCCCAUUGACUGGAGUGAGCUGUGACCCCACGGCGCAGUGGUCCGCCUCUUGGGGUGAUUUUUGAGGCCCUGAUGUUGAAGAUUUAUCAACUACGAAGUUACUGAAAAUUUCUGUACUGUUAAGCACCCUGCUUAAUAACGAGAAAAAGCUCCCAUAGAGCAGCCAAGAGCCAGGCUAUCAUGGGAUGGCAGCUUUAUCCAGCCAGAAGUAGGUAGCAAAGAUACCCUCUGACCACUUCUGCGUAUUUGAGCUGUGCCCCAGCCAAGGCAGAGGUGGCUUGGUGAGAAACGUGCACAUUUCUCGCAAGACAGCUGAGGUCAAAUACUCCCUUGGUCUCUUCACCUCCUGAAGCCUGUGUUUAAAAGGGGAGAUGAGCACCUUUUUGAUACCUCCUCCUCUAGUUUGGUGCCUGCUGCUACUGUAGACUUCAUAGGUUACAAGGUAUUGUGUGUUUUUGCUUAGAACCUUCCCGCUCCCUCUUUCAGGGAGCCCCAGAUGCUCCCUGGAGAAACCUUGAGGAUGUCUUCCGAGCUUCUAGAAACCUGGCCCUGAAAUCAGGACUGUUUCCUAGUUGUAGCAGAGGCCAGUAUUCCUGAGAACUGUCCUUGGUGUGAGCCUUAACAGACCAGCAGGUCGGAAACUGCAAACCGCAGCCAGCUGGGUCUUUAUUCUGUUCUUUGGGUGCUUCCUGGAGUAGUAGGGGGUAGAAGUUGAAAGGAGAGGGUUUUGUUUUUAAUUGGAAUGAGUAUUGUUCUCCUAGUGCUUUUGGGCGUGGGUAGGAUGGGGUGGGGUAAGGUGGCACAGGCUGCCCAGGGAAAUUUGUUUUGUCCUAAUGGACUGAAAUCACUUGGAGUUUUUGGUUUUUGUUUUUAUUUUUUAUUUUUUUUGCAACACUGGUGAGUUUAGCUUUUUUUAUAAAAUACUACACAGAUACAUAUAUUUUUCUCAAUCCUUUUUUUUUUUUAAGAGACUGGGUCUGCACCCCUGAGCUGAAUGUGGUGGAGAUUGUUUUUGUUGUAGCAGGGUUAAAAUGCUGACCACGUGCACAUUUAGUAAUUAAAGAUUUUUGAAGUUUCACUUGCUGCUGACUCUCCUUUGGCCUUGGAUACCCAGGCUGCCCUUGUACCUUGGUUAGUGCCUGUGCCCCACCCCUGGAUGCCAGGGCAACCAUUGUGGUGGGGGGCUGCCCUGCCACCAGCCAAGCUCCACUGGGAUGGUGCUGCUCACCCCUGGCCAGGCCUUGGUGAGGGAGGGCCCUGCCUGCUGCCUAGAGCACCCUGACCCUUGAGUUGGGAGUGGGAGGGCUCACCUGGCUGGAUUGGCUAGAACAAAGAGCAAUGCUUGGGGGAUCUUGGCAUGCUCACCCUGGCUUUUUCUCUUGCUAUAUAGUAACUCUAUUUCUAGACUUCCCUAGAAUCUAAUUGUGACUUCCCUGGGCUUCUGAUAUAACUCCUUGGUGACCCAUGGGCCUGUAAGCAGUUGUCUCUUGGAACUGGUGGGCUGUCGGGGUGUAGGUGGGCUCCCUUGGCAUCUGGAGAAGGAAGAAAAAGGUAUGGGUAUAACUCAGCAGGAGAGCAUGUGGCUUUGUGUGCAUCAUGCCCUUAGCUCCAUCCCAGCACCAAAACCCAAACAGUAUAAUGAAGGCUUGUAGUGAGUGUACUUCAGUUAAGCGAGAAGGAAUACCUCUGGUGACAGUAUGGAGUCCAGCAAGUGCAUUGGACAGGGUGGGGAUAGAACACCUUAGUACUUUCCUCUCUGGGCCUCAGAUUCUUUGUGGGAAGGAUUAGGGAGUCUGUAUUCUGAUCAGCAAACAGGCUUCUACAGGAGAGAUGUAUCCUCAUUUGCCUUCUGGUCCCUGGGGUCUUCCCUGAGGGGCUGCAAUGGACUCCCUUACCCAAGGGAGAAGUGAGGAGGUGGUACUUCCAUUCUGCAUAGACAUUGACACCUGAGUGCAGGGCUGUGAGGAGGAAGAAGCAGUUACCAUAAAUAUCUCAAUAAACAAUAGCUUUUUGAUGUUCUCAAAAAGUAGAGCUGAGUGUGCUGCCCCAGGCCUGUAAUUCCAGCUACUUGGGACCUUUAGGGGCUGCAUAGGGAGACGAACCCCCUGUGUCAAAAAGGACUAGGGAUGUGGCUUAGUAGUAGUGUUUGUCUAGUGUGUUCAAGGCCCUAGGUUCAAUCUCUAGUAUCAACAUUAAAAUUUAAAGAAAAUUAUGUAAUACAUAUACAUACUCUUGACCUCAUUAUGCUUCCAGCCCUUGAUGUACAAAAAUGAAUAAUAAGAAAAAGUAAAAAACACGAUCUUUUGGGCCAGAGGUUGGCACACUAUAUGAAGCAUCAGAUAUUAAGUAUUUUAGUUUUGAAGUCCUCUGGUCUCUAGGAAUUGUCCUACAUUUAAAGAGAAAGCAGUUAAGGGCAAAAUGUAGUAUCUGAGCUCUCCUAUAUAAAAUUUUGUAGACACUGAAAUUUGAAUUUAUGAUUUUUUG